CAGCCUCCAUUCUGAGGUUGUCCUGGUGCUCCCAGCCACAGUGAGUACAAUAACCUUUGUAUUGGUUACUUUUCUCCUCAGUGUGAUAAGCACACGCCUGGAAAUAGCUUAGGGAGGAAGGAUUUAUUUUUGUAAUUCCGAGGUGGUUGGAACACAUGGCAGGACCUCCUCAUGUCCUCACAGGAAUUAGAACCGAAAGGUGCUACCUGUCAGAAAGCAGAGCUGGUCCGUGAACCUCAAAGCUGUCCCUGGAGACACACUUUCUCCCGCAAUGUUCCAUGACCUCGCCAAACAGAGCCAACAGAAGACUAAGUGUUUGCAUACAUGAGCCUACAGGGGACAUUUUACUUCGUACCGUAGCUGCAUUCGAAGAGGCAUAUCACUCCAGAGUAGUGUCUAGAAACAAGGACCACAUAGGUACUCCACAAGGCUCACCAUCUUGUUUCUCUACCUUGGCUCCUCUGUCAAGCAUCUCUUGCCUAUACUGCUCCAGCCAUCUCGCAGUCGAGCACCUACUCUCCUCAUCAAUCCUGCUGACAGACACCAAAGUUCCUGCCUGGCCUCCUCUCUCCAGCUCUUCUCCCAUCCCCAACAAUAUCAGAGUUUGUUUGGAGGGGACGCUUUUAAGACUUUAUUAUUUCUAGAUUCACGGCAAAACUGAGAUGAGAUUACAGAGUUAGUCCAUGUACUCCCCACUCCAACACACACAGAAUCCUCCCAUUGUCAGCAUCUCCACCAGAGUGAAGGAAGCACUUGUUCUGAUCAACAAACGUGCUGACAGCGUUAGCGCCAGCCCACCUUCCGAGACUCAGUGCUACGUUAUCACUAACUGCCAAAUGACACACACAUAUCCUUUAAAGAGUCCCGCCAUUGUAGCCUGCUCUUUCACUUUGUCUCUCUUGUUCUGUCUCUGUCUUUCUCUGUUUCCAUCCCGCGCUCUCUUGUCCCUGCUUCACUGUGGCCUCUGACUCCUCCAAUAAAUCUCUUGUGUGAUCUCUGAGGAGGCGUGGCCUUGUUAGAGGAAGUAUAUUAUUCUGAGGGAAGGCUUUGUUUGAGGUCUUAUAUGCUCAAACUACAUCAUUGCUCAAGUCAAGGAGACCAUGUACCACUGCCUUCUGAUCAGGAUUUAGAGCUCUCAGCUCCUUCUCCAGCACUAUAUCUGCCUGUACACUGCCAAGCUUCCCGCCAUGAUGGUAAUGGACUAAACCUCUGAAACUGUAAGCCAGCCUCAAUUUAAUGAUUGCCUUUAUAAGAGUUGCCAUGGCCAUGGUGUCUCUUCACAGCAAUGAAACCCUAACUAAGACACCAUCCCUCACAUUCACAAUAUUCUACUCAACCAAGGUCAAAAUGGAGAGCACUUCGCAUUGUGUUGACACAUCAUAAGCACUUAAAAUCCAUAGUUUGCAUCAGGUUCCUUCCUGGUGUGAAUUCUGUGGGUUUGGACAAAUGGAGAGUGAGACAUAGUACCCCAAGGAGUUUUAGAACUAAAGGUCAUGUGUUCUACUUAUUGAACCUCCCUUCUCACAGACGCAUAGAACCAUGGAUAAUUUCAUUUUCUCCAUAGUUCUGUCUUUUCUAGAAUGUCAGUGUCGCAAAGUAGUAGGCACACUAUCUGUAGCCACUUCCGGUUGCCUUCCUCCUUUUAAUACUAAAAAUUGGGGCUGGGGAUUUAGCUCAGUGGUAGAGCGCUUACCUAGGAAGCGCAAGGCCCUGGGUUCGGUCCCCAGCUCCGAAAAAAAGAACCAAAAAAAAAAAAAAAUUUAGGGUUGGAGAGUUGGCUCAGCGGUUAAGAGUGUUGAUGGCUUUCCCAGAGGUCCUGAGUUCAAUUCCCAGCAACCACAUGGUGGCUCACAACCAUCUGUAAUGGGAUCAGAUGCCCUCUUCUGGUGUGUCUGAAGUCAGCGAUUAUGUGUAAGUGUUUGCAUGUGAAUAUGGGUUUGUACAAUAGGAAAAGACACAGAGGCAAAAGCGUGGUCUAUAUACAUAUGAUAUGUUGUGAUAUGUGCUGUAGUAUAUAUACAUAUAUAUGUUCUGUGUAUAUGUGAUAUAUAGAGAUAAACAUAUGCUUUGCCUAUAUGUGAUAUAUAGGCUAUAAUAUAUAUACACACAUGUUGUAUAUAUGCUUGACCCAGGGAGUGAUACUAUUAGGAGGUGUGGCCUUGUUGGAGUGGGUGUGUCACUGUGGACAUGGGCUUGAGACCCUCAUCCUAGCUGCCUGGAAGUGAGUAUUCGGCUAGCAGCCUUCAGAUGAAGACUUGCCUUGGUCAUGGUUUCUGUUCACAGCUGUAAAACCCUAACUAAGACAUAUGUAUACCUAUGUAUAUAUGUAUUCAAAAAUCAUCCCCAGGACUUGCCUGUUUCUCAAGGGUGUUCUUGAGAGGCAGUGAGUGUACAUGGAGCUGGUUACUGCCACCUUACGGUGAAAACAUUGAGAAGAGAGUCUCACACAUGGGUGUUCUGUGCAUUUUUAAAGCUUGAUCAUUUUCCAGGUCAUUUUGUCAUGAAAAAAAAAAAAGGUGAAUUGUUGACAAGCAAGAAUUCCAGCACAAUUAGCAAAGCUUAUGCCUUUUCCCUUUCCAGAUAUACACUUGCCACCUUCUAGGUAUCUUGCUAGAAACCCUGAUUGUAGGGAAAGGACAUGCAUUAAAUGGCUUAUACCCUGGCUUUACUUUAGAAUAUUAUAAUCCCAUCCAAGGUACCUUAUCAAAAUAGAAACAAAGAAAAAUAAUAGCAAAAAAAGGAAAAACGUUUCUUAGCGACACUUUGUAAUGACCUUGAGAGCCACCACAAUGGAAUAUAUGGCCAAAGCUGACACUUAACUGUGAUUCCCCUGGGAACCCAUACCCACACUUGGGUGUGUCUUUUUUUUUUUUUUUUGAUCAUCUUUCUUCCUCCUAACUCUGGUGCUUAAAAAUCUAUAUUAAAAUAAGGUUAAAACCACAAUUCUGCUUCAUACUGGCUAGUCCAGAAAUUUCUUUCUGCAUUGAAGCCACAAACCGUGGGUUUGUGACUGAUUUUAGUUCCCUUAAGGGAACCCCCUAGGCUGCCUGUAUGUUCCCUCACCACUGACAGCCACACUGUGGUUGAGUGUUGCUGACUUUUGAGGCCACUCUUCUGGUUCUCUCUUCUACCUCCCAGGCUGUCUUGGUAUCUGAGACCAGUUCCUCUUCUGAGUUUCAACACUGGAAUGUUCAAGUCUCAAGCUUUUCAUCUCUCUGAUUCCCAUCACUUCCAGGGUCUAUUUAAAUUCAGGCUUUAGUCUCAUGAUUCCUACCCUCUCCUGCUUUUCUCCCUGGACUCCGCACCAGACGCCACUCGCUCUGUAGGGAGACGCAUGGUCUACAGUGAGGAGUCUAUCACAAAAGGCAGAUUAGCAAGAGAAAAGCAGCCAGGAGUGGUGUGGUGGUGCUUGACAGGCAGGAGUACUCAUGCAAGCCAGUUGGCUCUGCAUAAGUUAUGGGCCGGCCAGGGAUACAUAAGAGAAGCUAGAAAGCAAACAAAUCAAAAGAAAUCACAAACAGCCACCUAAACCCAAAACCACCAGGCAAGAAAGGCACAACAUAUUUAUUUGGCCAGAUGUCUAUAUGACAUGGAAGCCCUCCGACAGGAAGGCGGCCAAGCCCAGGGGAAUCUGUGUAUUUUCAUAACGACGGUUGACAAAGAUGAGAGAAAAUUUAAGAUUUCCUUAGAUUAAAAUGCUCUGCGUGGCAGGUCAUAUUUCGCCAUAGCAUUUCCUGUAUCUCAUUGGCUUGAUAUCUAAUGAGCAUCUCUAGAUAAAUAUCUAAUAUAUAAACACCUUUAAAGGCAAACUUCUACUUUUUCCGACUCUUCAUCCCAACCAGCCCUUCUCUAGUUUUCCACAUCCCAGCAUUCCACAGCUCCAUUUUUGUAGUGGCUCAUCCUUUGCUCCCUUUUCUUCUUGUCUAUACCUCAGCCGCCAUCAUAUCCUGUCAACUUUAGUCUUUUGCCAUUUCUUUCCUCUACCCUUACCAUUACCUAGUUAGAGCCGACAUCAGCCUCCAACUACGAGAAAGACUUCCCCCUGGGCUUCCCUGUCUCUGUCUGUCUUGUCUGUUGCUCUAAACAGGAGUAGGGAGAAUUCCUUUUACCUUGAAGGAAGACUCUGUCUCCUUACUAUUUCAAACCUAGCUGUGCCUUGUUUACCUUUGUUCACCUUCUGUUAUAAACAAGUACAAAAGGCUGGAUAAUCUUGGAGAAAAGAAUUUUAUUUCUUACAGUCUGGAGAGUGGGAAGGUCUCAGGAUUAGGGCCAUAUCUGGUGAAGGCCUUUCUUGCUAAUGUAGACUCUGCAGUGUUCUGAGGUGUAUGACAUGGUGAGAAAACCCAUGGGAGAUGGGCAGACCUGUUCUAGUGAGAAUUAAGCCAAUUACUUGACCACUCAUGGAAGCUGCUCCAUUACUUCCAAAUUUGGCUCUCACAUAUGGGUUUGAGGACUAGAUCAGUCAGAGGUGUGUGUGUGUGUGUGUGUGUGUGUGUGUGUGUGUGUGUGUGUUGCUGCUGUUGCUACUGCUGCAACCAGAACUUAAGAAGAGUACACUGAAGGAAGAGCCAUCCAUUUGGCUCAUGGUUUUAGUCCAUGGUGUUGGCUGGCUCCAUCAGGACUUUGGUAAGGUAGAAUCACCAUGGUAACAUGGUGUGGUGGAGGACCACUGCUCAGGAAGGCUGGAGUUAGGGGAAGGUCCAAAGACAAGAAACACCCUUCAAAGUCAUAGACCCAGUGUGAUGACUCUUCCCAGCUGUCGACUUGACUAUACCUGGAAUGAACUACAAUCCAAAAAUGGAGGGUACACCUGUGAUCCAGAUCUUGAGGCUGGAAGACACAGGCUUUUAUCCAGAUCUUAAAGCAGAGGGUCAUGAAAAGCUCAGGCCCAGGUAAGUUUAAUCCCAGGAGACAAAGGCAAGCAGAUCUCUGAGUUCAAGGCCAGCCUGGAACAGAGCAAGUUCCAAAUAAAGAACAGUUUAGGUCCAGGUGUGUGGUGCACACCUUUAAUCUGGUUCGUACCUUCUUGACUACAUAAGGGCAAUGGAAGAAGGAAGGUGUCCUUUUAUUCACCUGCUUGUACUUACUUGCCAGCACAUCUGUUAGAACCUACUUCUUCAGGAUUCCAGCUUACACAGAAGACAAGGUGAGGUCUCCUAGUCUCGUGGGAUGGAACAACUACUUGGACUUCCCGUUCACAGCUGCCCAUUGUUAGCACAGUCCUCUCUGAGGAAGAACAAAGAUAGAACAGAGAGAAGCUGAGGCCCCUUCCCGGCGGUCUUUGAGCAGAUAAUUGGAGUUUCUGUCCUUUGGAACAAAACUUUUCAAUGAGAUGGCCUGUGUACACAGGUGUUGCUUCCUUGCAUCAUGAAAGAACGAUGAAAGAAAGCUGACAGUGGAACGGCAGCCACGGUCAUCCAGAUGGUUAGCCAGAAGGGUUAUUUUCCAAGCACGGCUAGAGGCUAGAUGUCGGUCUUGAACUUAGGCCCAAUACACCGAUGCUGUCAGAUAUCCUUGUGGAGUACGACAAGGAGUUCUCCCCACGCCAGCGACACCACAAGGAGUUCAAGUUCAACUUAUCCCAGAUUCCCGAGGGUGAGGCAGUGACGGCUGCAGAGUUCCGCGUCUACAAGGACUGUGUGGUGGGGAGUUUUAAAAACCAAACUUUUCUUAUCAGCAUUUACCAAGUCUUACAGGAGCAUCAGCACAGAGACUCUGACCUAUUUUUGUUGGACACCCGGGUGGUGUGGGCCUCUGAAGAAGGCUGGCUGGAAUUCGACAUCACAGCAACUAGCAAUCUGUGGGUGGUGACACCGCAGCACAACAUGGGACUCCAGCUGAGUGUGGUGACUCGGGACGGACUCCACAUCAACCCCCGUGCGGCGGGCCUGGUGGGCAGAGACGGCCCUUACGACAAGCAGCCCUUCAUGGUGGCCUUCUUCAAGGUGAGCGAGGUCCACGUGCGCACCACCAGGUCAGCCUCCAGUCGGCGUCGACAGCAGAGUCGCAAUCGGUCCACCCAGUCGCAGGACGUGUCCCGGGGCUCCAGUGCUUCAGACUACAACAGCAGUGAGUUAAAAACAGCUUGCAAGAAGCAUGAGCUUUACGUGAGCUUCCAGGACCUGGGAUGGCAGGACUGGAUCAUCGCACCCAAAGGCUACGCUGCCAACUAUUGUGACGGAGAGUGUUCCUUCCCUCUCAAUGCACACAUGAAUGCCACCAACCACGCCAUUGUACAGACCUUGGUGAGUGCUCUGACUUGGCUGGUGGGGCCAGGCCUAGAUCCAGUGUCAUUUCUCACAGUGUCCUCCCACGCUUCUCUUCUGGAACAGGUCCACCUUAUGAAUCCCGAGUACGUCCCCAAACCAUGCUGCGCACCAACCAAACUGAAUGCCAUCUCGGUUCUUUACUUCGACGACAACUCCAAUGUCAUCUUGAAAAAAUACAGGAACAUGGUUGUGAGAGCUUGUGGAUGUCAUUGAGUGGAAGCCAGUUGCAGGGGCUGUGAUUCUGCCUCGGAUUCCUAACAUCUGCCUUAAAACACGGGAAGCAGCACAGUGCAGCGGGACGAUGACACUCAAAGCAUCUCCUGCUGGUGCCUUAGCCCAAGGAGGAUUUUACGAGGACCUUGUCGAUGGCUUUCCCAGUUGAGCAGUUGCUGGUCUGUAGGAAGCUGUAAUGCUUGUAGCACAGGCCUGGAAACUACAGAAACAUAGUGUUCUCCUCCCCCAGUCCCACCCAGACUAGCCUUAGCUUUUAGAUCUAGCUGUUUGUGGUGUAAGUAGGAGAUAAACUUGAAGGAAUAUUAAAUAUCCCUGGUUGAAAGACAGAUCUAGUGGUUCUACAGCACCCAUCCCAGGGAGAUUUUGCAGAUAGCCGAAUGGAGGAGAGGAGAACACUCUAUUAGAUUCCAUUCCCAGCAAAGGGCAGCUCCCACAGAACCUGCAGCCUGGCCAUCACAGGGCUUUGUGGAGGUGCCUUCUGUCUACUGUUAGUUACCCGUUUUAUGUUGACUCUUGGUGGUGUGAAAAUGUACUAAUUUCGGUCAAAACAAACUAUAGCAUUCCCACGCCAUACUCCUCCCUUACUCACAGAAUUCCUUACUAGAACCAAAGUAGAUGGACUGUACUUUGUGGUAGAGCCCUGAAGCAUCUGCAGUAGCCUUCAUUUAAACCACGGAACAGCAGAAUGUGAUUCUGCGUCUCUCGGGCAGACUGGCUGGACAUGUACGUUACCAUCAGGAACACUGGCCCCAACACAUCAGCUCUCUCUCUCCUAACUCUGCUUUUUCCCUUUUCCCUACAUUAGCAUUCCACGGUUCAGGGCUAGAGUCUAAAGCAGAAGUCCACAAACAGAAGGGCCCUGACUCUAAGAAUGGGUUUGUUGAGGUGAGCAUGCUGUUUGUAAACCAAAACCACCAUUUCCUCUUGUAGAAAGUAAGACUCAGACUGAAUCUUAGAAUAUUUUUUAAAUGUCUUUUUCACAAUCAUGUACUGGGAAACCAAUUUCAUACUAAACUGAUUAAAUAAUGCAUUUACAAUCUGUAA